AUGGAAGCCAAGAUCGUCAAGGUGUUGGAUAGUAGGUGUGAAGAUGGAUUUGGCAAGAAGAGGAAACGUGCAGCAAGCUACGCUGCAUAUGUUACUGGAGUCUCGUGCUCAAAGCAGCAGCACGUGCCUCCGCCGAACGCGCUGUCCCAAGUUCCUGACAAGAGAAGGAAGGUGGAAGGUGAAAACAAGCUUGGUGCUUACGAGAGUCGCUCUGGGAAGUCGCUGGUCAGAUACUACUCUUACUUCAAGAAGACUGGAGUUCCGAAGCGUGUGAUGAUCUAUGAGAAUGGUGAAUGGAAUGAUUUGCCUGACCGUGUUAACUGUGCCAUCCGAAAUGAGUUGGAAGAAAAGAGAGCCGCGAUUGAGUACGAGUGGUGCGGUCGUCUUUUUGUUUUGGAUUUCUUGCACAUGCACAGGCUGGACUUGGAAACAGGGGCAAAGACCCCGCUUGCAUGGAUUGACGUUGGGGGCAAAUGCUUUUUCCCUGAGAUUUACGAGAGUGACGAAAGGAACAACUGCUGCCAUCAUAACUGUGUGGAAGAUCCUAAACAGUAUGCCCCACAUGACAUCAAGCUGCGCCUUGAGAUUGAUGUUAAUGCUGGGGAGUCACCGAGGUUGAAUUUGGAGGAGUGCAGUGACGAGUCUGGUGACGUUCCAGAAGAGGAUAGCUGUAGCCGCAAGCUUGAAGCUGCUGCUUCGAAAUGGGAUGAGACUGACGCCGUGCCAGUCUCUGGUCUCAAGCCUGCUGGAUCUGCUGGACUUGAUAAAGAUGCAGUGAAAAAAAUGUUUGCUUCGGGGACAGCUUCUCUGGGGCAAGUAGCGGUGCUUGAUGUUGGCCGCUUUUCCAGUGAGAUUGCUGAAGCUCGUCUAGCGCUUUUCCAGCAGCAGGUUGAGAUCACCAAGAAGCAUCGUGGGGAUGCAAACGUUAGAUACGCAUGGCUUCCCGCAAAGAGGGAGGUUUUAUCUGGUGUCAUGAUGCAGGGACUUGGAGUUGGUGGGGCAUUUAUUAGAAAGUCCAUCUAUGGUGUUGGGAUUCAUCUAACUGCUGCAGACUGCCCUUACUUCAGUGCUAGAUAUUGUGAUGUUGACGAAAACGGAGUGCGUUACAUGGUCUUGUGCCGUGUGAUAAUGGGGAAUAUGGAGCUUCUGCGUGGUGAUAAAGCGCAGUUUUUCUCUGGUGGAGAAGAGUAUGACAACGGUGUUGAUGAUGUAGAGAAUCCGAAGAAUUACAUUGUGUGGAACAUCAAUAUGAACACCCACAUAUUCCCGGAAUUUGUUGUUAGGUUCAAGCUGGCUGCUCUCCCCAAUGCUGAAGGUAAUUUGGUCGCUAAGAAUGAUAACUCGGGUGUCACUUUGGAAGGACCCAAGGAUCUUCCUCCUCCACAGUUGGAGUCAAACGGAACAGGAGGCUCAGGGAGCGCAAACAGUGUAGGCUCUAGCACUACAAGACCCAAAUCUCCAUGGAUGCCUUUCCCUACUUUGUUUGCAGCAAUCUCACAGAAGAUUGCAGAGAAAGACAUGUCCUUGAUCAAUGCUGACUACCAACAACUGAGGGAAAAGAAGAUGAACCGAGCAGAGUUUGUGAGCAAGCUGCGUGUCAUUGUAGGAGAUGAUCUCCUUAGGUCCACCAUAACAGCUCUUCAAAACCAGCCAAAGUUGAAGAAGGAGAAUCCUGGAAGCAAGAUGAGAGACGAUGAGGAAGGUGGAGGUGGUUUGUAA